AGAACACCGCGACUGUGUCAUCGGUCUCGGAGCUAGAGCACGAUGGCUGGAGUUUGUUACGCUCUCAGAGACUGUACAUGAUUCAACUGGAGCAGAAGGGACAGGUCUACAUUCUCCUCGUCUCGGAGCAGCACGACAAUCGGCCUCUAUGCGCGCUCCCACUACCUAUCACGCGCUAUCUGCUCGAACUCAUCCACAAGAGCACAUCCGUACCGAUACCCAAGCCGCAUACAUUAGACCAAAGCAAGGAUAUCGUUCCAUGGGACUACCUUCUCUUGUCCUUACCGGAGCACAUCGCUGUAAAUGCACCCAGCGCACAACGCCUUUCCAUCGUCCGCGAGCAAGGCCUCUUGUCACCACAGCAAGUUGCCCUUCUAAAUAUGCGCAUCGGCACGUAUCUUCAGCAGCUCCACUCUAUCCAGAACGACUGGUUCGGCACGCCGCUGGCCGAAGGCGCGACGCCGCCAGACAUGGACUGCUACAGCUGGCAGGACACGUUCGUGCUCCUCCUCGACGAGCUGCUCACCGAGGUGAGCGCAUCGGCUGAUACCGAUCCCUCAUACGACCUCCCUGUCGAGGACAUCCGGCGCUACCUCUCGCGCGCGAUCGGCUCCUUUCUCUUCGAGGACGUCGAUGUGCCGAGUCUCAUCUGGUUCACGGGCUCGGCGGAGGACGUGUUCGUGUCGGGGGCGACGGCGUCGAAGGAAUCUGAGUCACGCGACGAGCCAGAGGUAUGCUUCGUGCUCCCCAGCUUCUGUCGCGCGAUCUGGGGCGACCCGCUGCUCGAGACGUUCUUCAUGCCUCCCGGGCCGAGCGAGGCGAUGGAGGAGGCGUACAAGGAAGCGGGCGGAGCGCCGUUGAUCACGUUUGCGAGGCAGCGUACGAAACGAUUGUGGUACACGCUGCUGCUGACACUGCUUGUGCUUUCUGGAGAGCAGAGGAGCGCGAAGACGGGUGCAGAGCGGGUGGACAGUGGGGAAGGAAAGGGGAAGGGGAAGUGGGCGAGAGAUACGCUGCCGAAGUGCGUCGAGGCUCUCAAGGAUGCGCCGUGCUACUGAGUACAUCUACGCACUGAGGGUGCAAUCUCAAUUUAUCUCAACUCACACUUCAAUGACAUACAGAACCGGGGAGGAUUUCACUUCACUUCUCAACGCUGCCAACGGUUCUGACGCAAGCCUGUCCUCUCUCCGGGAGUCCCAUGUCUUGCAUCCGUAUCUAUCGGUGAAGUUCGUCAAGCCAGGCGGAAGGGCGGACUGCCGCUGUUCCGAGGAGGAGUUAGAAUUAUUGAGCACAACGGUCGUUAUUGGUCGAUUGGCAGCAAGAUGCAAAGCGUUUUGUAUGUGUUUUUAUGCGUACCCUUCCGAUCAUGAUGGGCGUUGGUGCAGACCCAGGAGGGACGGGAGUCUCCUUCCGCAUCUGGGUCAUUUUUCUCAUCCGCUUGCUAACCACGCAAAGCUUCUGACUCAGCGCAUCUUGAUGAAUGACCAACUGCUGCCCCUGUGAGAAAUCGUCGACUCAUCCUGUGGCAUGUCUGACGAAGCAGAAUCCUGCAAAUCAUCUCUGAACAACCCCAACAGGUGCGAAACCAUGUUGAAUGUCGUUUUGCAUGGAACUUUCUACGAUGAAACUUGAUCUUGGGCAGGAGAGCUGACAGACAAAAUACUGGUAUCGAGUCAUAUUGUCAGGUCUGGCCGGUUUCAAACAUCCAAUGAAACAUCCAAACACUUGUUCUAAGCUUCGCGAAGUCCCGCUGUUGCUUUCCUCCGUGAGUCUCCGAACAGACAACAAAGGGACGCGCCGCUUUUGCUCGGAGAAGCGGUGCGUCUCUGCGCCGUGCCAUUGGCAAUGGCGCUCUUUACCCCAAGUAUCGGAUGACACAACCCCUAUCCUCUCACCGUUCCGCUCCUCACAUAAAAGCAGCAUGCCUCGAAAGACCCAGGGGCCAUCCAGUGCCUCCUGAACGCGCCCGCUUAACAGUCAAACAAUGUCUCAAGCCACUAACACCAUCCCCUUCUCCCGCCCCACCACUCCGACGCCGCCCGGGCUGCAGAUCGGGUUCGUCGGGCUCGGCUCGAUGGGCUACUUCAUGGCGCGCAACCUCGCAAAAGGACGGCCUGCGGACGCGGCCCCGCUGCUCGUGUACAACCGGACGGCGAGCAAGGCGGAGAGGCUCGUGCAGGAGGUGGGCGCGGGCAGCGCGAAAAUGGCGGUGUCGCUCGAACAGCUCGUGAACGCGUGCGAUGUCGUCGUUACGAAUUUGGCGAACGACGUGGUUGUGGAGCUGUAUUAUGGCGAAUUUGCGAAGGCGUUGAAGGCGGCGCCGCCGACCAAGCCGAAGAUCUUUGUCGAGGCGAGCACUGUCUAUCCAACUGUCAUCUCGACCAUCCACAAGGUCAUCACCAGCUUCCCGAACUGCCACCUCGUCGGCAGUCCCGUCUUCGGCCGCCCGCCGAUGGCCGACGCCGCGAAGCUCAUUGUCGUGCUCUCGGGCGACUACCACUCCAGGAAGCAGAUUGCGCAUCUGCUCGUCCCCGCUAUGGGGCGAAAGGCCAUGGAUCUGGGAGACGAUGUUACGAAGGCUCAUACGCUCAAGUUGAUCGGCAACUCUAUGAUUCUGGGGAUGAUGGAGCUGGUUGGAGAGGUGUUCACGCUUGGACAAAAGUCGGGCGUUGGGCAGAAGCCCGUGCUUGAUCUGAUUAAGGACCUGAUGCCAGCUCCUCCGCUGGUCAAAUACGCCGAAAUCAUGGCAUCCGACAGCUUCGAUGGAUCAGACGGGUUCUCCAUGGACGGUGGCAUCAAAGACGCCAACCACAUGCGCCGGCUCGCCAACGACCUCAACGCGCCCGCGCCGAUGAUCGACAUCGCGCACCAGCACAUGCUGACCACGCGCGCGCUGCACGGGGCGCAGAAGGCGGCGGGCAUGAGCAAGUACGAUGUUGUCGACUGGAGCGCGCUCAUCGCGGGCAGUCGGGCCGCUGCUGGGCUGGAUCCGUUCGAUAGUGGCGAUUACAGAGUCGAGCUUGAGAACUGAGGGCGGUGAAUUGGCUGGCUUCUGAGGGGUUGGUAUAUAAUGUCUGGUAAUGUGGGAGCAGGGCUGCAUUCUUCAACUGGAUGUUGGUCAUCGAUAUUUUGCUUUAUCAUAGCUGCCAUGUUGUUUGCCGCACAUUCGUGUAAUUCGACUGGUUGCAGCUAAAGUCAUGAGGCUCGAAACCUCCCGUUAUCCAGCUCCAGCUCCAGUGUCUGAAACAAAGCUCACACGUACAUUUCAGCUUUCCUUCGCGGCAGUAUUUCCAGAGACGUCCGUAUUAUAG